UACACGCCGUGAGAAAAUGGGUAAACCCAGUGGUCUUCGUUGUGCCCGAAAGUUGAAGAACAGACGUCGUGAUCAGAAAUGGCACGAUAAGGAUUACAAAAAGUCUCACUUGGGAACUGCUUUAAAAGCCAAUCCUUUUGGAGGAGCUUCACAUGCAAAAGGGAUCGUACUUGAAAAGAUUGGUGUUGAAGCUAAACAACCAAACUCAGCUAUUAGAAAAUGUGUCCGAGUGCAACUGAUCAAGAAUGGAAAGAAAAUCACAGCUUUCGUUCCUAAUGAUGGUUGUCUCAACUAUAUUGAGGAAAACGAUGAAGUUCUUGUUGCUGGAUUCGGUCGAAGUGGUCACGCUGUUGGUGACAUCCCUGGUGUCCGAUUUAAAAUUGUAAAAGUGGCAAAUGUUUCACUUCAUGCUUUAUUCACAGGCAAAAAAGAACGACCACGAUCAUAAAAUAUUUAAUGCUGGCUAAAUAAACCAUGCAC